CCACUAAACUGCUUCACAUGAUGCAAUCGUAAAGAAACUGCUUCCAAUUUUUUUGGGGCGGGAACGGGCAUCCGGGCUGGUUUGAGUGCUUUGUUUAGCUCGGGCCUCUUCUCUUUUCGUUUGUUGGCGUCUGUCUGUGUUAUCAAUCCAUCCAUCAAUAAGGCAAACGAGAGCAGUGUUGGGCCAAUGAAGUUGCGUAACUGAACAUUAUCGCUGAAAACGGAAACAUUACGGGAGUACAGAGUGUCUUCCCAAUCCUGCCUGCUGCUCAGAAUAAUAAUGGCCGGCAUCAAUGGCAUGACCGGUGAUUUUCAGUCCGCGGUUGGCGACAAGAGAAAUAUGUACUCCGUACCUAGGAAGUCACAGGCAGCCACCAGUUUAGUCUUGCUUUUUCGUCUAACCUUCCCUUGCUUCCAAGAGGCUCAAUGCUAAGCGGUGAUUGGAUAGGUCGAUAUGGAGGUAAGUACGGCGGAAGAGGCCUAACCGCGCCAGAUGGGGAUCACUGCUGCACUCCCGAGGUCGAGGUCGCCACUGGGAUACUUUUGCCAAUGACGCAUUAUUAUUCGUCUUAUUAUCGCUUCUGGGUGUUUUGUGCUUCAAACGCCAAGCCUGAUGUCCCGACCGAGUGGAUGGAUAUGUACUCCGUAUUAUCGCAAGACAUUAACGGUAAAUGGCUGGCAACGUAGAUAUUGGUACGGAUCAGCCUGCUCUGGAGAGAUGAAGGCCAUCACGAGGAGACGAGGACGGAUUGGAGGGAGAAGUAGAAAAGAGAGAAGGUGUUUAUGGUCGCAUUUCCGCGACAUAUAUUCAAUAGAAACUGAAUUGCGCCAUCCGGACAGAUCCGGGGCGAUCAAGAAUGGAUCUGUUCGCUUUCCACCCCAGCCCUGUGCUGGCUGUUCCAGCUCUUGUCUGAGCCUCAGCGGCGACUGGCGCGAGGAACCAUGACAGAAACCAUCGCACGAACGAAUACGAGGGGGGAAACUGUGAACAAAAAAUUACGGGGUACGACCGUAUCAGCGAUUCAGGCUUGAUUGGGCAUGAUUGGCGUGUCCAGCUCCCACGGCUGGUGGUGGUGGUGGUUAAAAAAAAAAAAAAAAAAAAAAAA